GAUAGAAAGAAAGCGUGCAUACGUGCAUCUGUGUUUGUGCUUAGGCUUUCUUUUAGUGAGAGAAACAAAGGGAGCAAGAUGCUGCAAAGGCUGCGGACCCUCCUGCGUAACCGGAGGCCCAAGUCUGGUCCACCAGAAGGAAGCAGCAAGAGAAAAAAAGAGGGUGCCACAGUUCCCAUGGCUGCUCAUCCCAAGAGCUGGCACUUCAUUGCCUGCUGCAGAAAACCAAAAGAGCAACAGGAACCUGAGCAGCAGGGGGGGGUUCGCAUCAGCACUCCACCAGCCCCUCCCAGAGCAAAAUGGUAUCAUCUCUGCAGGAGGAGGGAGGCUGUCGCUCUCAAGAAUGGGAGGGAUGCACACAAAGACAGGCAAAGCUCCAGAGGACUUGAAAACCUGUCUGGAGUGAGCGGUAUGCACUGCUCCCUCGACUCCUCAGACCAGUCCCAGCUGGAGAACCUAGAACUGGUUGAGGAGGUCAUGGUGGACCGCUCAACACAGACGGUCUGGGAAGACCAAAGUGAAACUGAGAGGCAAAGCUCCAGAGCAGAUUGGAACCAGUCUGGAGUGAGCAGUAUGCACUGCUCCCUCGUCUCAGACCAAUCCCAGCUGGAGGACCAUAAACUGGAUGAGGAGCUAACCGUGGGCAGCCCAAAAGAGCGGGUCUCCAGAUGGGAAAACAUGGGCUACACGGACAGCCAAAGCUCCAGAGCAGUUUGGAACCAGUCUGGAGAUUCAGUGGUCAGCAGCAUGUACUGCUCCCUUUUCUCCUCCAGCUCCUACCAGUCUGAGGUGGAGGACUGCAAAGUGGAUGAGGAUCUCAUGGAAAUCAUCCACAGGCAUAUGGAGGACAGAGAGGAGAGAGCCAGCAAUCAGGAUGAGGAUGUCCAUUUCCUCGCGGUCCUCUGUGCUUGCUGCAAGGCUGCAUAUAGGAGCGGCCAGGAGACUCUGGAUCUCCCCUACACCAAAGGAGAAUUGAUAAAGGAAAUCGUGGUGGUGAUGGAGAAGUCCCCUGUGCAGUCUGGGCCUACCAUUCUCCUGCUUUAUGCCAUGGCUGCCGUCUCCUGCCUCAGCAAAAUCAAGCCUCCAACUGACCCAGAGCUAGAGUCUGCGAUCCUGCGCUUCGCUGUUCGCGGGGUCAUAGAGGUGCAAGCAGGACAUGUCCACAAACAGGCUCUGCACAAACUCGCAGCAGACAAUCUGGAGCUGAUGCUGAGGGGGUUUUUGUCAGAGGCCCCAACCACACAGCAUCUCUUGUCCCUCCUGGAGCACAUCAACAUCUGGAUCCUCUCCAGGAAUGCCCAGGAGAGAGCACGAGCCAGCAAACAGUGCGCCAGCUUGCUCCGCUUUAGUGUCAUGAUGCCUGAUUGUGAUAACUCUGCAGAACUCCCCAGUUUGGGCCACCAUGUGGCCAAACUCGGAAUCUGCAUAAUGGAUUGCAGGAAGGAUGUCAGCCGAAACGCCAGGGAGGGAAUCUACCGGCUCCUAGAAGUACUUCUCCACCACAAAGGCCAGAGCAGCAGAGAAGCUGGGGAGCUGUGGAGCCGGAGAUGGCAGGAGGAGGAAAGAAUUCUGGCCUAUCUGAACACCGCCAGAGUUGGGGAGGUUUUCAGGGAGAUCUUUAACAAAGAUCAGCAAAGAUCCUUCCUGAGGACCACGCUUUGGGCCAUUAAUCAUCCCCUCCACAGGGUUAAGGAGGCUGGACUGAUCCUGCUGUACUCCCUCCUGGGCAAGGCCGAUGCACUGAUGGGGUAUGAGGAGGAGGAAAUCCGGAGGAAAAUCUGGCGUCGUCUCCGCCAAAUCAAAGAAAGCAAAGGGCUGCCUGAAGAAAUCGAAGGUAUCUUAAAAACCAAGGUGACUUACUGAUGGACCUUGGAGUUGUAGCUAAGCCGACUAACCUCCCAUGACACCUUCUUCCUUGUGGGGCAAUAGUUAUGGAAAUGUCUGCUGAUUUGCUUUGCUGUACUUAUUAUACUGAUUUCCUUAGGAUGCUGUAUUCAGUGUGUACCUGGUCUGAUUGCUAUGUGUAAACCUAAACUUAAAUUUUGGCCUAACAAAAGGGCCAACGGUAAUGUAGCUCAAUUCAUUGCUUUGCAAUAUCUUGAGAUGCAUGUUCAUGAGGCUUAAUAAAGGUUCGCUCUCUAGUGA